GAAACCAACAAACAGAACCAACUAGCGGUGGAAGAGAGGGAAGCGGGGGCGGACUUGUUAGAGAGAGAGAGAGAGAGGGGAAACUUGGAGGGAUUUGCCUGGCUACAUCAACUAACCACUCUGUUCCCAUGAGUCACGGCUCUUUCUAGCGCGACGACUAAAUAAACUUUCCACGACUCGAGCUACCUCACGGCAGGAAACCCAUCUGCAAUGGCCGACACACCAGUACCUCCCCCGCACCCAUCAUCAGGGCCCGCUACAGAGCCGGCCGCCGCAACGGUGAAUCAACCGGCAGCUCAACCGGCGAGCCCGGCAGCCGCCUCUCCUGAAGCCAUGGGGGGAAGCACAGAUCCUCCUGCACAAGUGAAUGUCGCAGGCGACGCUACUGAGAACGAGACCGACGCAUCCUCACUGCAGAGCGGACUUACUGCCACAACAAAUGAAUCGCAGGCGUCUGUGACCCCGAGCAUCUUUGACUAUCGGCUCGAAAACGGCCGCAGUUACCACCGCCUCAGCGACGGCAGCUACCUCGUUCCCAACGAUGAGACUGAACAGGAGCGUCUCGACAUUGCGAACCAUCUCUGGCUCAUCGCCUGGGACGGUAAAUUCUGCCUUUGUCCCAAGAACCAGGGCGCCAAGAGGGUUCUCGACCUCGGCACGGGCACAGGCGUGUGGUCUAUCUUGUACGCCGAUGCGUUCCAAGGUGCAGAAGUUCUAGGCGUAGACCUGAGUCCGAUCCAACCCGAGUUCGUGCCUCCGAACUGCUACUUUGAGGUUGAUGAUCUGGAAAAGGAGUGGACGUGGACAACCCCGUUCGACUUUAUCUUUGCGCGCAAUAUGGCUGGCAGCUUCCAGGAUUGGGCAAAGGUCAUUGGACAGGCGUUUAAAAACCUCGAACCUGGCGGCUACUUUGAGAUCCACGAUAACCUGUACCCCCUCGAGUGCGAUGACGGCACCCUCAAGGAGGAUUCGGCGCUGUUCCAGUGGUCAAAGUACCUCGUCGAGGCCACGGACAAGAUUGGCCGACCCAUCACCAUUGCCUCCAAGCUUGACAAGAUGCUCGAGGAGGCCGGCUUCGUGGACGUGGUAGUCACGAAGCAGGUCAUGCCGGCGUCGCCUUGGGCCAAGGACGAAAAGCUGAAGGCGCUGGGUGUGUGGACGUCGGCUUCGCUCCUCCCCGGCAUCGAGGGCCUGUGCCUCGCCCUCUUUACCCGCGUGCUGGAUUGGGACCCGAACGAGGUCCUUGCGUUUUGUUCAAGCGUCAGAAAGGAUGCCAAGAACUUGGGCAUCCAUGCGUACUGGUACGGAUACUCCAUCUACGGACGGAAGCCGUUCCCGAAGGAAGGGGAAGAAGAGGCCACGCAGAACUGAGAUUGGACAGUCUGUCUUGGAGGUCUGCUGUAUUCCUGUUAGAAAGGCCAAUCCAGACAGUGACUGCCUGGUAAUUAUAAGCGUGCGUUUCUCGGACUACGUUAUACUCACAGUAUCGACCAUAUUCUAUCGUUCUAGCGGCUAUCUUGUGUCCUUGUCUUUGGCUUUGCUACCGUACGUCUCAUGAAAGUCACCAUGUUUCUUGAAAUCAACCUGCAUGAUUGACUUCUGGUCUUCUCAAGAGUAAUUGCCUGUUACUAGAUUGCGCUUUGUCUUUUGCCUGUGGCCUCUGUUACAUGAAGUGUAUGCAGGUCAGUGUAGUCUCCACAACCCGCGCUCAUCUAGUGGACGCCAUCACAACGUGAGAU